GAAUUGAAAUUUUCCGAUUUUUCAACAAAUGGACAGCAUGCGAACCUCGCAGCAGAGAAAAGUGUUAAUUGUAAUUUUUGUGCUAUUUUUCACGUGGUUAUUCUAUUUGCAAAGGACUCGAUUGAAAGCUGACACUGAAGAUUCGUAUAUUGUUGAAGGGCAAGGUUCUAGCAGAAUAGUACCUCGGCAAUGCCAUGUGCAAUAUUGGAAUCAAAAGACAACGCAUUCUCUACCCCAUCAAGAGGAAUUCGAGGAAUGGAGGACUAGAAGAAUCGGGUCACAUAACAACAUCAUCGACGCCGAGCCACGUCUCCUAUCAGCGUUCGUGUAUCCUGAUCAAAUUUCGAUUGUAACCACUGCGUUUCACACUUAUGGAAAACGAGCCGUAUGCAUUUACUAUGACUGCAACCGUCGAGAAAUUCCAUCUUCAAGAUUUGCCUCGCGUGUAAUUCCAUUAACAGUUGUAAGCUGCCCGAGGAGGCAUGGCGCGGAGUACAUGAGCGUCAGUUUUAAUAAGGACGAGGAGAUUCCGGAACCGAUUAAGCUGACGUUCAGAGCUUAUGAACAACCAGUCCACGAGUUGUCAGUCUGCGUGGGCCCUCUCUACGGGUCUGAGAGCAAGUGGUUGGAAGUGGUCGAGUACGUGGAGCAUUAUCGAUUAUUGGGAACUUCAAUGUUCUAUUUUGCGCUAUUCAAUAUGAACGAAUAUGACAGAAAAAUAAUUGACGACUACGAGCGAAUGGGGUUGGCAGAAUCGACAAAGUUCACAAUGGAAUAUGUAAAGUUGGGAUGGAUGUUUCAUUUAUUGCAGACUCAUGAAUGCCAUCAUCGGAGCAGGUUCCAUUCGAAAUGGGUCAUCAACAUGGACAUCGACGAACGUGUCAUAUAUACCGGGCCGAAUAAUUUCAUACAUUUCUUUAGGUCGAUCCCCUCAAAUUUUUCUGAGAUCAGCUUAAGCUCAAAUCGAGUGCUCAAAACUCAUGAGUUACCUGAAAGGUUUAAAAAUGAAAAUGAACUUCGUGCCGAGAUGAUGUUCUUGAAGUACAACCAGACCACUGAGAUCAGCUGGUACAAUUUGAAAGGAAUAAUUCGUCCAGAAAUGGUUGCUCUCUUGUUCUAUCAUUGGUCAUGCAGGCAGUUUGAUGAGACACAUGUAAUGUCAGUGCCGAAGAGAUUUGCUUAUGUCAGACACUACCGAAGUGUGGACAACAACAAAUUGAACAGCAACUGGAGGACCUUUUACAAAGGAGACCUAACCGAAACACGACUAGCUGAGCCAUUUGAAAAGCAACUCAUUGAAGCGGUCACGAAACGUGUCAAAUACGUGUAUGAGCAACGAAUGAUCCGCUGCGAAGAAAUACCGCCGUGGAUAUUUGAUCGGUUUGAGAGGCGGUUACUAGAUUGUAAAUUUAGAAAUGAAACUCAACCCAUUGAGAGUACUGGUAAUUGAUGUAAUGUGUAGGAAUAUGUUUUUGAAUAAAAAUCUUUAAUCUUUUAA